UUUUUUCCUUUUUCAUGUCACGUGGUUAUUUAGGUAUAUUGUAGGUCACUCAUUUUUCCAAGAAUGACUUGUGGACGUGCGGGGCGCUUUAUUUUGCAGCUGUUUUGGACGGAAACAAUCGCACUGCCUAUUCUGUCGAGAGCUGGUGUCUCUUUUCCAGCACCUUAAUAUAGAUGCCAAAUGAAAUAUAAAUGAGGAGACGUGUGAAUGAUACCCCUUAUCGGUGACGACGAGAGCGUCCGCGCCGUCAAAAAAGGGCUUUAAUUGUAGUCCCGAGCAAAACAGGUGGUAGCAUCCACGGACGGAAUGGUAGCAUCCACCAGCUUGACUUCUUCGGCGCACUCGGGGGUGCGUUCAAGACACCAACGGUUGGGAACCGUUGUCGCGCUGCGUACCAAAGUGCCGCGAGACCUCCUCUGCCCGUGCGGGGGUUUAUGAACGCCGUAGAAGCUCUGAAUGAACACCUGCCAGUGGAAGUUUUUAUAAAAUUGGCCCCACAUUACUGCAGAGUACACAACAGUUUGUCGAAGGAUAUUUUUCUUCUGAAAAGCGGUCAUCAUGGCAGUUGAAAUCCCGGGACUGGUGUCUGUGAUCAUUUUUUAUAUUUGUAUUCUGGCCAUCGGGGUGUGGGGAUCUCACAAAUCCAAAAAAGUGGAGAAGACAUGUCCUGGCAGCAAGAGUGACGUUUCUAUUGUUGGUGGCCGCAACAUCAAUGUCCUAGUUGGGAUUUUUACUAUGACAGCCACGUGGGUCGGUGGAGGUUAUAUCAUGGGAACUGCUGAGGCCGUUUAUUCUCCAAAUCAAGGUCUCAUUUGGGCUCUGGGUCCGCCUGCUUACGUUUUAAAUUUCUUUUUGGGCGGAUUGUUUUUUGCCAAACCAAUGAGAUCAAAACGCUAUGUGACCAUGUUGGACCCUUUUCAGAGUCGCUACGGCAACACAUUCACUGCAGCUCUCCUGGUUCCUGCCUUGAUCAGUGACAUAUUAUGGGUAGCCUGCAUCCUUGCUGCGCUGGGAGGGACGAUGAGCGUAAUUCUGGGCCUGUCGUCUACCAUUUCCAUCAUCAUCUCUGCAGCGGUCUCCAUCGUCUACACAUUUCUCGGGGGCCUCUACUCAGUUGCUUACACCGACAUCAUUCAGCUUUGUUUUAUCUUUGUCAGCCUGUGGCUCUGCGUCCCAUUUUUGGUGCUCAGUCCUGCAGUUGGCGCCCUCUCACAAACACUCCCACUAAACCAGACGGCUGGGCAUUCCUGGGUUGGAGACCUGCAGUUGGAGGAUGCAGGAAAAUGGGUUGAUCAACUUCUUCUGCAAGCUCUAGGUGGACUUUCAUAUCAGGCUCUGUAUCAGAGAAUCCUCUCUGCAGCCUCGUCUGUUCAGGCUCAGAUCACAUGUUUUGCUGCAGCUGGAGCAGUUUUCCUUAUGGGAAUCCCCUCGGUUGUAAUUGGAAUCAUGGCUGCCUCUGCAGACUGGAACCAGACGGAUUAUGGGCUACCCCCGCCUAUUGAGCGUGGAGAUUCAGGGAAGAUCCUGCCACUUGCUCUGCAAUACCUAACACCUACCUGGGUCUCAGUGCUGGGCAUUGGUUCUGUGGCUGCAGCCGUUAUGUCCUCCAUGGACUCAGCACUGCUGUCCUCAGCAUCUUUGUUUACCAAGAACAUAUACAAGACCACCUUGAGGAAAACGGCCUCAGAAAGGGAGCUGCAGUGGGUUAUCAAAGCCUCAGUUCUGAUUGUGGGCAUGGCUGGGACGGGCUUGGCCUUCGGGGGCAGCAGUGUACUUGCUCUUUGGCUUUUUAUUUAACCCGUUGUCGCAAAGAGCCAAUCAACCGAAUAUCUUCAGGUAAAAGCUGGAUGGCGUCAAUGACCUAGUUUUCAUAGACCUUAUUGUGCACGUGAGCACUACACAAUCACUGGACAGGACACGUAACACUAACAAGGUCCUCUGCGGUUUUUAUCGCCUCCAUGUGGCUCAUAAACCGUUGCGGUCUGUCAUCCACACACUACUGUCUUCUUCAGCCAUAUGCUAACUCUAAGACCUUGAACUUUCAUAUCCUUUUGCAAGAUAUCGUCCCUAAAGGACCUGACAAACCUAGAAUUACAUUUACAGGUUUGCAUGAAGGGAUGCCACACAGUGCGGAUUUGAGCCUCAAGCUUCGUCAGAGACUGUCUUUGCUAAUUGUCUACAAAUAUGGGAUUUUACUUGACUUAAAGACCCACUCCGAUCAUCUUUUCAACUAUUUUAAAGGCAUUCCCAAUGCUCUUUUAUUUAUACUUAUGCAUUUUUUAGCAAAAAUCAAACAACCCUGUCAUUUUUAUUGACAUAGUUUCUGCAGGGUGCCAGCACUUUGUUAGAAAUUCACCACUGAUGCUCCUGAGAACUUGGAGCACACUGCAAAAGAGUUGGGCAAAAAAUCAGAAAGAAACUCUUAUAUUAAGAACAAAAUCUCUAGAAAGUAGUAAAAUUUAUUGUCCAUUCAGCAGGUCAGUUUUACGUAACUAUAACUCUUACAAUAUGAAAUCAAAGAAACGAGGAGUUAAAGACAAGCUUUCAAAAACUG